AAUCGUAUUGCAGCCGUGGGUUAGGAGCACGCUGUGGUGCUUGGCUGUCGCAUGCAAGUGUGAGCCGAUAACUUACACUGCAGAUAAAUAAAUAAUUGACUUUAUUGGGAGUAAAAUAAAAUGUAAACAUUGUUUUUAAAAAAGUCGUGAUAUAAAAAAUAUUACACAAUGAGGACCCGUGUCCUUCGUUGCCGGCCAUUUUCCACCCGGAUCCUGCUGCUGCUGCUAUUUGUACUUGCCUUUGGGGUCUACUGCUACUUCUACAAUGCAUCUCCUCAGAGCUAUAACAAACCAAGAAUCAGUUACCCUGCCAGUAUGGAGCACUUCAAAUCUUCACUCAGUCACACUGUGAAGAGUCGAGACGAGCCAACUCCGGAUCAAUGUCCUGCAUUGAAGGAAAGUGAAGCGGAUAUCGACACCGUGGCAAUAUACCCGACUUUUGAGUUUCAGCCGAGUUGGUUACGUACAAAAGAAUUCUGGGACAAGUCCUUCGAGGAUCGGUAUGAAAGGAUUCAUAACGACACUACACGGCCCAGAUUGAAGGUAAUCGUGGUUCCUCACUCACACAACGACCCGGGGUGGCUGAAGACGUUUGAACAGUACUUCGAGUGGAAGACCAAGAACAUUAUCAACAACAUAGUAAACAAACUGCACCAGUACCCGAAUAUGACCUUCAUUUGGACGGAGAUAUCAUUUCUGAACGCCUGGUGGGAAAGGUCGCACCCUGUCAAACAAAAGGCAUUGAAGAAACUCAUCAAAGAAGGUCGCCUCGAGAUCACGACGGGCGGCUGGGUGAUGCCCGAUGAAGCGUGCACACAUAUCUAUGCGCUGAUUGAUCAGUUUAUCGAAGGGCAUCACUGGGUGAAAACUAACCUCGGCGUCAUCCCCAAGACAGGGUGGUCCAUUGACCCAUUCGGUCACGGUGCCACCGUGCCUUACCUGCUAGACCAGAGCGGCCUUGAAGGAACUAUAAUACAGAGAAUUCAUUACGCGUGGAAGCAGUGGCUGGCCGAGCGGCAGAUUGAGGAGUUCUACUGGCUGGCAAGCUGGGCUACUACGAAGCCGUCCAUGAUAGUUCACAAUCAACCUUUUGACAUUUAUUCAAUAAAAAGCACGUGCGGCCCCCAUCCUUCCAUUUGUCUCAGCUUCGACUUUAGAAAAAUCCCCGGCGAGUAUUCCGAAUACACAGCUAAGCACGAAGACAUUACGGAGCACAACUUGCACAGCAAGGCGAAGACUCUGAUAGAGGAGUACGACCGCAUCGGGUCCCUGACGCCGCACAACGUGGUGCUGGUGCCGCUGGGCGACGACUUCAGGUACGAGUACAGCGUCGAGUUUGAUGCUCAAUACGUCAACUAUAUGAAAAUGUUUAACUACAUCAAUGCUCAUAAGGAAAUCUUCAACGCCGACGUACAGUUCGGAACUCCUCUCGAUUACUUUAACGCCAUGAAGGAGAGACAUCAAAACAUACCCAGUCUGAAAGGAGAUUUCUUCGUAUACUCGGAUAUAUUUAGCGAAGGAAAACCGGCUUACUGGUCAGGUUACUACACUACAAGGCCCUACCAAAAAAUACUCGCUCGUCAGUUCGAACACCAGCUACGAUCGGCAGAAAUUUUAUUCACUCUCGUAUCGAACUACAUCAAACAAAUGGGUCGCCAAGGAUUCGGAGCUUCUGAGAAAAAGUUAGAAAAAUCAUACGAGCAGCUUAUCUACGCGCGACGGAACUUGGGCUUGUUUCAACACCACGACGCUAUUACUGGAACAUCAAAGUCUAGCGUGAUGCAAGAUUACGGAACCAAGCUGUUCACGAGUCUGUAUCAUUGCAUCCGCCUGCAGGAGGCCGCGCUGACCACUAUCAUGAUACCUGACCAGUCGCUGCACUCGCAAAGUAUUAUACAGAGUGAGGUUGAAUGGGAAACUUACGGCAAGGCGCCCAAAAAGUUGCAAGUGUCCUUCAUUGACAAAAAGAAAGUUAUACUUUUUAAUCCUUUGGCUGAGAGUCGCACUGAGGUGAUCACAGUUAGGUCGAAUACGUCCAACAUCCGUGUGUACGACAGUCACAAGAGGAAGCACGUGCUGUAUCAGAUAAUGCCCAGCAUCACCAUCCAGGACAACGGGAAGAGUGUCGUGAGCGACACCACCUUCGACGUCAUGUUCGUGGCCACCAUCCCGCCCCUCACCUCCAUCACGUACAAGCUGCAGGAGCACACCAACACGUCCCACCACUGCGUUAUUUUCUGCAACAACUGUGAACAAUACCAGAAGUCCAAUGUGUUCUCUAUUAAGAAAAUGAUGCCUGGUGAUAUACAAUUAGAAAAUGCAGUGCUCAAACUUCUCGUCAACAGGAACACCGGCUUUCUAAGGCAAGUCUAUAGAAAAGAUAUCCGAAAGAGAACUGUCGUUGACGUACAAUUCGGCGCGUAUCAAAGUGCCCAAAGGCAUUCUGGUGCUUAUCUGUUCAUGCCCGAUUACGACUCUCCGGAGAAAAAUGUCCUGCAUCCCUACACUAACCAGAACAAUAUGCAGGACGACAACAUCAUCAUAGUGUCCGGACCGAUCUCUACGGAGAUCACCACCAUGUACUUGCCCUUUUUAGUGCACACUAUUAGAAUAUUCAACAUUCCGGACCCGGUGCUGUCGCGUGCCAUUCUCUUAGAGACCGAUGUAGAUUUUGAAGCGCCACCUAAGAACAGAGAGACUGAGUUAUUUAUGAGAUUACAGACUGAUAUACAAAACGGUGACAUUCCCGAAUUUUACACCGAUCAGAACGGGUUCCAAUACCAAAAGAGGGUCAAAGUUAAUAAACUAGGAAUAGAAGCUAAUUAUUACCCAAUCACCACCAUGGCGUGGCUGCAAGAUGAGGAGACCCGGCUUACUCUGCUGACGAACCACGCUCAAGGCGCAGCCGCAUACGAACCGGGACGCUUAGAGGUCAUGCUCGAUCGUCGAACUCUGUAUGAUGACUUUAGAGGCAUCGGCGAAGGAGUGGUCGACAAUAAACCAACGACUUUCCAAAACUGGAUUUUAAUCGAAUCCAUGCCGGGCGUGACGCGAGCUAAAAGAGACACCAGCGAACCAGGAUUCAAAUUUGUGAACGAGCGACGCUUUGGCCCCGGCCAAAAGGAGAGCCCUUAUCAAGUACCGUCGCAGACGGCAGACUACCUGAGCAGGAUGUUCAACUACCCGGUCAACGUGUACCUGGUGGACACCAGCGAGGUGGGCGACGUCGAGGUGAAGCCGUACCAGUCGUUCCUGCAGAGCUUCCCGCCCGGCAUACACCUGCUCACCCUGCGCACCAUCACCGACGACGUGCUCGAGCUCUUCCCCAGCAACGAGAGCUACAUGGUGCUGCACAGGCCAGGGUACAGCUGCGCCGUCGGAGAGAAGCCAAUCGCCAAGUCUGCCAAGUUUUCGUCCAAAACCAGGUUCAAUGGUCUGAACAUUCAAAAUAUUACUGCAGUCAGUCUGACCGGCCUGAAGACACUCCGGCCCCUCACAGGUCUGAGUGACAUCCACUUGAAUGCAAUGGAGGUAAAAACUUACAAGAUCAAGUUUUAAAGACUGCUAGUAGUAAUAGGUGUAACACAUUUGUAAUUUUAUAAUAAUUUACAAAGUUUAUCGUGAACUUACAGCCGAACCACACCUCGGCCAUGUUAUCUAAGUGGGAUAAGUAGGAAGAUACAAUUUUGAUGGUACUUUAGUCGGGCCCCGUGCUAGCGGGCCGCGAUAUAGUAUAAAUUGGUGUUACAGUUAUUUUCGAUCCACGUUAUGCACUCACUAAGUCAUUGUAAUUUGCGCCCUACAACCUGAUGUUAUUUAUUAAUAAAUGAUAUAAUAAUUUAUUGUCGAUCCCGAUGGCUGUUUAAGUUUAGCAGAAAUUUCGACGAACUAGAUAAAUCUACCUCAGGACCAAAUGUUAUACCUGUUCAUCUAUUGAUUCUAUUACAAAUAAUUAAUUAUAGUCUAUUUGAAUCUCCUAUAACUUAUUAAACUUUUCUCAUUCACUUUUGUAUAUUAUUUUCUUCUAUUUUAAUCUACGACACGUUUUCUUCAAUACUCUUGUCACGCUCAGACUCUAUGCACGGAGAGCGGUGUGUUAUAAUAAAUAAAUAUAUACAUUCAUAAUAGGUACUGUGAUAGGGGGCAUGACAUAGCUGAAUCUAUUUAUAAUAUGUUAGUUACCUAUUUUUUUGGAAUUGAUAAAUUAUUUUGAACAAUGAGGAGAGUGCUCGUUCCGUCUGUUUAAUUACAAUACAAUCAUGUUGUUUAUACUUUAGAUGCGAUGCAUGUGUCAAAUGAUACUAGGGGUUGUGUUUCUUAUUUUUUUACAUUUAAGUAUUUUUUAAGUUUGAAAGUGAUAUUUGAGUUAAAUUUAAUAUAGUUAGUUAUAAUUUAAUGCGUAUGCAGGGCAUAUUAGAGGGUGUCUGUCUACAUAUUAUUAUGUAUGAGUUCAGACGCCUGGUUUCACCUUGCCUUAGUUAUAAUGCCUUAUUAAUAAAAAUUAUGCAGUUCUCAAAGAACAAAUAAGUAAACUAGUAAAUGAAUUCAUUCGACAAAUUAAAGAUCUGUGUAGAAUUUUUUUAAUAAGGCUUAUUUUAUAAUUGCAUUUGAAGGACCAAACAUUAAUUUUGUUUAGUUUUAUUACAUAGGCUUGUUCUCGUAUUUGGUUAACUCAGUCGCGCUAUUUCCAUUUUGUUAAUGUAUUUUGUAUAUAUUUGAUGUUAAAGUGUGAAUCUAUUUAAUUGAAAUAAGAUUAUUUUUUACAUAAAGAAAUGGCCACAUUUAAGUUAGACUUAGUACAAUUAAAUGGACAUAUUUUUUAUUAUUAUUUAUGGCUUGUUGUAACUUCAAAACUAGUUGUUUUGAAAUGUCAUAGCUAAUAUUAUAAUUUUAGUACCGUGCACCGAUAUCAACGUUUUUCUACAUUAAAUAUUUAUUAAUGUGAUAAGGUUUAUUAACUUGAAAUCAUUACCAUCGAUAAUGUUUAGUCAAUGAAAUUUAGAUUUUAAAUAGUUGAAAAUAUUGAUGUUAAUCAACAGUAAUUGUAAGCAGACCAUGUUUAGUUUAUGCACUUGUUUCUCAAUUAGUAGAACAGUAAAAUCGUUGUAUAAUUUGGUUGUACUUGAUGUAAUUACAUAGACAUAACCCUAGAAACUUUAAUUGUGUGUACAAUUUUUGUCUGAAAACUUGUAGUAGGUGAAAUGAAAAUAAAUAAAGUAUACAAGAAUUUGUUUUAUUUAUUAUUAUUAUAAUUAAAAUAUACCCCAUUCACUCAAAACAACGGACAGUAAUCCAGAUAGGUAUCUCUUAAGGAAUUAUUAUUUCGUCAAUUAUAAUGCAAACAGUUAAUUAAGAAUUAGAAUUUAUGUAACUUUAACAAGAUUACUUAUAUACCUAUUUAUAAAAUUACUAGUCGCACACACACACACACGUCUUGUCAUUUCUUCUUUAUUCUACUCGCAAUCCAUUCUAGUCCUAAGUGUAAUCUGUAAAGAAAAACAUUAAAGACUUAUUAAAAACGCCAG